GUAUUUAAACGUAUAUAAAUGAAAAUAUAACGCAGAGAGCAGUAGUAGUUUUUGUCGAGUACAAUGAAGGCUGCUUUGUUGCUUGUUGCUGCACUGGUAGCAGUGGCGGAGGUCCACGGACAACCAGAAGAGUCGACCACCGCCAACAUCGGGAAUGAGACUCUAAGCACCGGCAAUAUCACGGCUGAGAGUAGUUUUCUGGGGAGGUCGUCCUACACGGAAGAUGACGAUGAUACCAUUUGUGUCGCAGCAGACAACAAGUUCUACUUGUAUGCUAAUUCGUUGAAGCUGUAUUCUUGCUACAAGCAACUACCGAAAGUUUACGUGGUGAAACCAAAGAGUCAAUGCAAACCAUACCUGUCAGAUUGUCCCAGGAACUAGGAGUAUUGCAAAUCAGUUGGCUCAGAUUGAAUCGUCUGCGAGGGAGUGAAGAAUAAAUAGCUGGACUGCUGACUGAAGACAUCUGCUGUUUCCAGAGGAGCCAAGAAACUGGAAGAGUGUCAGAACUUGACUCUUAUACUUAAAAAUAACCGGUCGAAUCUAAACAUCCUAUUCUGUGUCAGUUUCUGAUUAGCUCACGACAUGCAGUAAAUAUCAUUACUGUAAAGAUUAGUACUAAAAACUUUGCAUUUGUAUUCUUUUUAUGUUUCUGUUGUUUCUAUAACAGUUGUAUGCCGCCGCAAUACGAGUGUAGUUUCAUGACGUCAACUGUUAUAUUAAACGGUAGAAGAUAUUUCUCUACCUACAGGUUCACGUAAAUACUGACAAA